CCUUUUUUUUUUUCUUAAUUUCAUUCUCUCCGUCUCUCUUUCUCUCUCAACACACCCACAGCACCAAAUAAAACACACCACCAACUUCGCAGUGCUCCUUCUCCUUCGAUGGCGAAGAAGCGAAAGUCGGUGGCCACGCGCCUCGACGAAGUGGAUCGUACCAUGUACUCCACCUUUUGCAGCACCGCCAACUCCCUCUCUCAUCUCUACACCCACGCCAUGAACCAACAGAAACUCUCUUUCCAGGCCGGUGAACGACACGCUCUCGAGAAAUUGUACCAGUGGAUUCUCAGGCAGCAGCAAGAAGGGUCUAGGGUGACCACGAUUGAUAUUGUUACCCAUUUGCAGAAUGAGCUCGAAUAUGGGGGAGAGGAGGCACCAGUGUCCCCAAGGCAGCCAAUGCAUCAACAGAACUCCCAGACUGCAAUGCACACUAACUUUGGUGGCAGCAUACCGUCUAAUGCAUUUGGAGCGACUGUGGCAGGGCAGGGGAUACGAGCUGGGCAACCUGAUCAACAAGCAAAGAACUCAGUGUUCUCAAAUGCACUCUCUAGCCCUAUUCGUCGCAGCCUUCAGCCAUAUCAUCUGGCUCAGGGGAGCUUUCCUUCAGGUAAUAUCAUGUCAUCAGGAACUGGAAAUGGAACCCGGAACAGUGAGAUGACUUAUCCUAAUGGCCAGAACAGGGACUCAAAUUCUUCUAACUCUAGUGAUUGCAUGGACAUGCAUUCAGAUAGUCCUGGUCAUGAUUUUUCAUACUAGUGCUGUCAUAGUUAGAAUAGGGAGAGAAAAAGAGGUCAUUUAUGAAAUUGAUGAUCAUAAAUGUGUGGUGAAAAAUGUCAAAUUUAUUGUGGAUAGACUUCAAUUUAUUUGUGUAGCAUUGUCGUCCAGGUUGAAGCUUGAACAUCAGCUUACAUGUUAAAACAGAUCGUCUUGAAAAAUGUUGGUUAUUUCCCAAGCAAUAUAUAGUCAUACCAGUGUGUGAUGUUUGCA